GGCCGACUUCCAAAGGUCAGUCAUCAGCAAUCCAGCCUCCAAACAAUUCAUCUGCACAAUGAAGCUUUCCUCAGCUGUCGCUCUUCUCUCUGCGUUUGCUCUGCCCGCUUUUGCGACGCAGUUUAAUGUGACCUACGACGCAUUCUAUGAUAACUCGGGCACUUCCCUCUCCCAAGUAGCCUGCUCUAACGGUGUCAAUGGCCUGUUGACAAAGGGCUACACCACUUUCGGCUCUCUUCCGUCUUACCCCAACAUUGGAGGCAUUCCUAACCUCACCUGGAAUUCGACUCUGUGCGGUACCUGCUGGAACUUGCAGUAUACCACUCCCACUGGGACACAAGAGAGCAUAUAUAUCACCGCUGUUGAUGCAGCGUACACAUUCAAUCUGUCGGAGGAGGCAUUUAAUGAGUUGACCGACAACACUGGUGUCGCGUCGGGCAAGGUCGCUGCUACCGUCACCCAGGUAGCCGCAAGCUUCUGUGGCAUGUAAAGACAGAAGCGUACCGCCAGAGUUUCUCGAAGUUCGAAGAAUUAUUAGCAUUCACUAUGGACCUUUCGUAUUACCGUUUUGCUUCUUCUCCUUUUACGUGUACUUGGUACAGUCGUUCAUUGUAGGAGUCGGUUAGCCGG